AUGGAUUCCGUCACUCCUCAGCAGCGCAAGAAGAUAUUGCGUGUCUUGUUCAUCUCUCUACUCUUAGAUUUGAUCUCCUUUACCUUCAUCCUCCCACUUUUCCCUUCUCUUCUCACCUUCUAUCGAGGUCUGGAGACCCACCCCUCCUCUGUUCUCAACCGCAUCCUGCAUUACAUGAAUGCAUAUAAACAAUCCUUUGCGGUGCCCAUAAAUGCAAAAUAUGAUAUAGUUCUUCUGGGAGGAGCGCUGGGCUCUCUUUUUUCCUUUCUGCAGGCAAUUGCUAGCCCUAUCAUUGGCCGCGCUUCAGACAAAUAUGGCAGACGAACAGCUUUAUUGUGGAGCAUGUGUGGGAAUAUUGCAAGUGUGGCCUUGUGGACCGUUGCAGUAGACUUCCGCACUUUUCUGUUGAGCAGGAUUGUCGGAGGUCUAAGCGAGGGAAAUGUUCAGCUUGCCACGGCGAUUGCAACCGAUGUCAGCACGGAAGAACAACGAGGCUCGACAAUGGCUCUUGUGGGAGCGUGUUUUAGUAUUGCCUUCACAUUUGGCCCGGCAUUGGGUGCGGCGUUGUCAAACAUCAGCACAUUUUCGGCCAAUCCAUUCGCCACUGCGGCAGGGUUCUCGCUGUUCUUGAUUCUUGGGGAGACGUUGUACCUCUACGCUCGAUUGCCCGAAACGAGGCCCAACGAAAGUAAGGAAACGGGUUCGAAGAUGAAUAAGUCCGGCUCGGCAGCAUUCAAACACACAAACAACCCCAUCGUUCUGAAUGCUAUCCAUUUCUUAUUCCUCUUGCCAUUUUCGGGGAUGGAAUUCUCCUUACCAUUCUUGAUCACGUCGGUAUUGUUUCCAGAUCACCCUUCGCCGUCAAAACUGAACGGAAGACUGCUUGGCUUUGUGGGAUUGAUAGCAUCUCUGCUGCAAGGAUCUGUCGUCCGACGACUUCCUCCAGCAACUGUGGUGAAGGUCGGAGUGGUAUCAUGCACAUUGGCAUUCUUUAUACUUGCUCAAGUUCAGACUAAUACUGGAUUGUACGGCGCUGGUGCACUACUUGCCGUGACAUCAGCCACCGUUGUCACAGGCCUGAACAGCCUUGGAAGUUUUGAGGCUCAAGCUGGCAAUCGUGGAGAGGUGCUAGGAUCACUUCGGAGCUGGGGACAACUGGGAAGGGCUCUUGGACCCAUCAUCUUCUGCACUUUGUUCUGGUGGGCCGGUCGUGAAAAAGCUUACACCAUCGGGGGGACGACCAUGUUGGUUGUGACUCUGAUAGUCCUCACGCACUUGAAGUCACCAGAUCUCAGCAAGAAAAAGACAUGA